AUGCCGCCGUCCCGCCGGCCCAGUGUCGGCGCCGACGCCGCGGCGAGCCCGAGGGACGCCUCGCCGGCAGGAUCUGCGGCGAGCCGCAGCCGAGGGGCCAGGGCUCCGGCUUCUCGCGCCGCUCGCGGCGGUCGCGCACGAGGGCGAGGGCGAGGGCGUGGCGCGAGCAGCAGCAGCAGCAGCAGUGCGUCCGCCCAGGCGCGAGGCGCGGGCGCCGGGCGCGACGCCGGGUCCGAAGGGGACGCCGACGACGACGACGCCGGAUACUCGCGCUCGCCGUCCUCGAGCGCCGGCGGUCUGCCUCGCGCCCUGUCGCCCGAGCUGGGCGUCCCACCCGUCGCGCCGGCGUUCCAGCGACCCGCCCGCGACCUCCCCCGCUCGUCCUCCCUCUCCCUCCUGUCCGAUGAUCGCUCGCCCUCGCCCACGACGCCGGCACCCGCACGACCCUCGUCCCUCGCGCCCGACGGCCCCAGCACCGCAGCAGACAACGGCGACGACACGUUCGUCGCCUCGCCCAUGUCGACCUCGACCGCCCGAGCCGCCAACACGCCUGCCCGCCCGAGCGGCGCUCGAAAGGCCUCGAGCGGCGCUCCUCGCGCCGCCUCGACCCGCGCCGUCGACGACAGCCUCUCCGAGCUCGACAGCUCGGACGACGACAAGCGCGCCGUCGUCGUCGCGCGAGCCGACUCGUCCGACGACGAGCCGCUCGCGUCCACCUCCACCCUCCCCUCCUCGGCCCCGCACGCCGCCGCCGCCUCGGCCGCUCGCGCGCACAGCGAGUCGCAGACGCCGGGACCCGCCACGAGCGCCCCAAAGCGGCGAGGGCGCCCGCCGGGCUCGAAGAACAAGCUGCCCAAGGCGCCCGUCCCGCGAGGGCAGCGCGCCGCCGGCAAGGCCGACCCGCCGUACCGCGCCCCGAGCGGUAGCGAGGGCACGGCGUCGCCCGGCGCCGCGAGCGCGAGACAGCGCGCGACGAGGGCCAAUGUGACGCUCCCGCCGGGCUACAUUGAGGGCGUGACGAGCUCGCGGUGGCCGAGGGCGGGAGGGCGCAAGAAGCGGGACGGCCCUGACGAUGAGGAGGACGAGGAGGACAGAGAGGGCGAGGGCGACGAGCCGCUCGAGGCCAAGGUGGAGGACGUGACGGGCACGACGACGCCGAUCGAGAGCCGGGCGAGCUCGGUCAACGCGCUCGUCGACGCGCACGGCGACGCGGCGGCAGCGGCGGACGACGCGGUCGAGGCGGAGGAGAUCAAGCCGUCGUUGCCCGUGCCCGUCGACCGCAAGGGCAAGGGCCGAGCUGUCGACGGCGAGGACGACGACGACGUGUCGAUGAACGGCGGCGAGGGCACGCUCGGCGUCAGCGCGCCCAUGUCGCGCGAGACGAGCGUCGACGAGCGCUCGGUCACGCCCGCGAUCGCGGCGACGCCGACCAGGGGCGGCAAGGGCAAGAGCAAGGGCAAGCGCGGCAAGAAGGCGCAGGCGGUACCUGAGCCGGUCGAGCGAGCCAAGCGGCGCAAGCUCGACAUCCCCGACAAGGAGGCCGAGGCGCGACACGCCGCUCGCGAGGAGGCUCGCCUCAAGUUUCUCGACCAGCUCGACGGCGAGCUCGACCAGGUCGAGGACCGCUCGCACCCUCUGCUCGACCUGGCCUACCGACGGCUGCAGGAGGAGAAGGGCGAGCGACUCGAGCGGCUGCGGCGGUACCAGGAGGAGCGCGAGAAGGAGCUCGGCGUCCUGCUCGAGAAGCGGAUCCAGGCGAGCUGGCGGCAGUGGGCCGACAACAAGGACGCCCUGCGCAUGAAGCUCUACCUCGAGAACCACGCGUCGCUCAAGGAGCUCGUCGCCGAGGAGAAGGUCUUCCCGUUCUUCCGCGACCACCCGCUCUUCGUCAACAACCACGACCUGCCGCCGACCAACUACUAUCGCGGCCCGCAACGCGACCCGGCGUUCCAGCCCCGCGAGAUCCUGCACGCCGGGCACUACGUCGAGCCUCCCCCGCUCAACCCGGCGCUCAAGCACGAGGCGUGGCAGCUCGCGCCCGAGGAGAUCGAGGCCGACCUCGCCCUCUUCUACGACAUCGAGGACGAGCCCUUCUACGCGCCACCGCCGCCGGCAGCCGUCCCGCCGGCGUCGGCCGUCUUCCCCUACCCUCAUCCCCACCCUCCCUACUACUACAACCCUCUCGCCGCCGCCCCUCCCGGCGCGCCGCCCUACCUCGGCCAAGCCGGCUACGCCUCGGCCGUGCCCGCACCCGGCGCGCCGUACGGCCUCCCGGCCUACUACGUCCCUCCUCCCACCGGCGCCCCUCUCUCGACCUCGGCAGCGGCCCUGCCCCAUCCCUACGCCCCGUCCGCCUACUCGUACGACCCGCCGACCGCCUCGACACCGGCUGCACCGCCUGCACCGGCCACAGCGCCCUCUCGCGAGCCCGCCGCGCCGCCGCCGGGCCCCGCAGCGCUCGCGCCUCCUGUGCAGCCCAAGGUCUCGCCGACGCUCCACAAGGCGUCGACGUCGACACCGGCCCUGCCUGUACACGCCAAGCCUGCGACGGCCGUCAACGGCGGCAGUGCGCGGUCGCCGCCGCUCCCGCCGAUGCAGAUGCAGCGGCCGCCGUCGCACGGCUCAUCGGCGCCGGGCGCGCCGAACGGGCAAGCGCGCAGCCAUGAGCCGCACGUGCAGCAGCAGCAGCAUGCGGCGGCACCGGCUCCUCGGUCGACGCAGGCGUCGCAGCCGCACCCGCACCCGUACGCUCGCCAGGCCGAGUCGUUCCAGCACUCGCCGUCGCCUUACGGGCAGCCGCAGCCGCACGCCCAGCAGCAGCAGCCUCGUCAACACACGCACCACUCGCACCCGCCGACGUUCCCCUCGCCGCAGCCGCCGUCGCCGUCGCGACCUCGCGAGCAGCGGCCACAGCCGCCGUCGUACCCGGGCGCGCCGCAGACUGCGGCGCAGCGCUUCUCGCCGUCGUUCGGCGUGCAGACCAAGGCUCCGAGCGCGAUGGGCGUCGGCAGCAAGUCGCCCUCGCUCGGGCACGUCGGCGCGCCGCCGCACGCGCACGGACCGCCUCAGCAGCAGCAGCAACAGCAGGCGCCGACGUCGGCGUCGCUCGUCCCUCAGCGAGGGACCCUCUUCCCGAGCAUGCCGACGCCUGCGCCGCCGACGCACCCGGCGCACUCGCCCAACGGCCUCGCCCCGCCGACGCUCCCGAGCCUGAGCCGCAAGUCGACGCCGUCCGCCAGCUCUCCCCCUCGCCCUCGGCCUCCCUCGGCAGCGUCCUCCUCCUCCCAACAGCAGCAGCAGCAGCAGGGCGGGCAGUCGUCGGCGCCCGUCGUCGAGCGCGUCCUCGCGCCGUUCUGGGCCGCCGGCUCGCCUCCCAACGGCGUCGGUGGGACGUCGCGCGGCCUUCCUCCGCACCAGCAUCAGCAUCAUCAGCAUCAGCAUCAGCAUCACGGGCACUCGCACUCGCAGCAGCAGGUCGGGCCAGCAACGGGCCUGCCGCUUCCGAGCUGGCUCAAGCCGCUCGCGCAGCAGGUCAAGCUCCCGCACGAGGUGCGUCGCGAGGAGGAGGCUCGUGCGGCCAAGGCUGCGCAGGCGCAGGCCCAGGGCGCUGUGAGCGGCGGUGGCGGCGGCGGGGCAGGAGCGCAGGCCGGUGCGGCUGGAGGGCAGGGCAGACCGGCGUGGGCGAGUUGAGGAGGGCCGAGUCCUCGGUCGGUCGACGAGCUGGAACGCAGUGCGCGUCGUGCUCUCACUUGCC